UGAAACUGUCGCGCCGCGGUGACGCGCCGUGCACUCCGUGGCUAACAUUAGCAUGCUGAUGGCCGCUCCGCUGUAACAUGGCGGCGCUGAUCAGGAGCCUGCGGGCCGUGCGGAGCCUGCGGGGGCUCGGCAGCGUAGUGGUUAAGACACGCCCCGCUUCCCAGUACAGCGGUUUGAGACGUGGCUUUCAUCGUGCUGCCCUGCUGCGGCUUGCCGACGACUCCAAAAGUGACCAGACUGUACCACCUCCGUCCCACCAUGAGCACUACCAGGCUCAGGAGUCUCGAGAGGGAUCAUCGACGUUCUCCACAGAGCAAGCUUCUGCUUCUGACCCCGGCACUCAGCAUGAGGACCCCCGGCCUAACACCAGUUAUCAGGAUCAAAGCGGUGAACAGGCAGAAGAUUACGAGACUGAGGACCAGCUCCAAGCUCGCAUCCUCACUGCUGCGCUCGAGUUCGUCCCUCAGCAUGGUUGGACUGUGGAAGCCAUUGCAGCUGGAGCAGAGACCCUCGGCCUGUCGGCUGCUUCUGCAGGAAUGUUCAAUAACGGUGCAGGAGACUUAGUGCUGCAUUUCGUCGGCCAGUGCAAUGUUCAGCUUGCGGAGAUUCUGGCAGAAGAGCAUAAUCAGGUCCAGCUUGGCCAAGCAGAAAAGAAGAAAACAGCCGAUUUCCUUAGACAUGCGGUGGAGACCCGACUGAGGAUGUUGAUUCCAUAUAUCGACACAUGGCCACAGGCGAUGAGUUUACUGCUGCUUCCUCACAACAUCCCGGAAAGUCUGAAGCACCUGUCCGCGCUGGUGGAUGACAUUUGGUACUACGCAGGAGAUCGCUCCACAGAUAUGAGCUGGUACACCCGCAGAGCAGCGCUAACCGGCAUCUACAACACCACGGAGCUGGUGAUGGUGCAGGACUCCUCCCCUGACUUUGAAGAGACCUGGGCCUUCCUUGACAACCGUAUCGGGGAUGUGGUCAACAUGGCCAACACUGCCAAACAGGUGCAAGCGACUGGAGAGGCUGUAGUUCAGGGGCUGAUGGGAGCUGCAGUUACGCUGAAGAACAUCACAGGGAUGAACCAGAGACGAUGAAGCCCCCCCCCCUCUAUUCUCUCCUUCCUCCACAAUCUCUAGCCAUAACCCAUCACAAAUACCCGACAGUGAUGACCAGCUCCUUUGUAAGGGUCAAUUAAGUGUUAAUUUGCUAUCAUUUUGAAUGCAGUUUGGACCAGGGGGCAUUUUCUUGUUGUUUUUGUGCCCUUAAGUCACUUUAAUGGAGUAACUGUGCCAUAGCUUUCAGUCCUGUCUGUUUCCUUUUUCACAGCAGGGAUGCUCCACCUUGUAAAAUCUACUGACCUGUGGUCCUAACACAGUCUAAGAUCUCUAACACUUGUUCUUGACAAUUAAAUCUCUGCAGGUCAGUAAAUAUCCAAAAAAAGGGCCGUCUCUGGUUUACAGACAUAUAAUGGCAAUUCAAUCUUCCCCCUGUCAUUAGCCAGACUUUUGUUCCCUGUAUAAACACAGAAGCAGAAUAAAUAUUAUACUUGAAAAUGUUUUUGCUAGACAUUUUGUCUGAUUUUGAGUGUCUCAAUAAAGUAUUUAGACAUUU